CACUUGGCAGAGAUUGAUUAACCAAAGGGGGAAAAACAGUUAAUGAGUCACAGUUUAUAAAGAUAACAUGCUGAUUAUAGACAGAAUGAUCUUGCAUUGCGGUCACAGAGUGUGUUUCGGAAAUUAAAAGCAAAUGGGAGCGAUAGAGAGAAAGAGAGAGAGAGUGAGAGGAGGGCGCGCGCAAGUGUUACCCACCUAAGCACAUAGCUCGGAUGCCUGACAGACUAAAGUUUCGUCGGCUUGAGUGAAUAAGGACAACUUCCCAUUAAAGGAAUGAUGCAGAAUCAAAGACAUUUUGGAAUUCUACACCUUGGAUUUUUUAUAUGGACGUCAUUUUGUAUUAAAGACUCGUUACAAGGGGAAUAUCAGCGAAAGUUGUAUAAGGAAUUGAUGGACAACUAUAACAGACUGGAAAGGCCUGUGCUCAAUGAUUCUGCACCCAUAGUGGUGGAGCUUGGACUCACGCUGCUUCAGAUCAUAGAUGUGGAUGAAAAAAAUCAGGUAUUAAUAACCAACGCCUGGCUACAGCUGGGAUGGACUGAUAUCUAUUUGAGCUGGAACCCUGAUAACUACCCUGGUGUUCAGACCCUGCGUUUCCCAUCCAAUCAGAUAUGGACACCAGAUAUUUUGCUUUAUAACAGUGCUGAUGAGAGGUUUGAUGCCACCUUCCAUACGAAUGUCUUGGUUAAUGCAUCAGGUGCCUGUCAGUACAUACCACCAGGUAUUCUGAAGAGUACAUGUUACAUAGAUGUGCGCUGGUUCCCAUUCGAUAUACAGAAAUGUGACCUCAAGUUUGGCUCCUGGACUCAUAACGGAUGGUUGCUGGACCUACAGAUGCAGGCAGUGGACAUCUCUACAUACAUCCCCAAUGGAGAGUGGGAUUUAGUGGGGGUCCCUGGGAAGCGUAAUGAGCUGUAUUAUGAGUGCUGUAAGGAGCCUUACCCUGACGUGACAUUUACAGUAACAAUGCGCAGGCGAACAUUGUACUAUGGUCUGAAUCUGCUCAUUCCCUGUGUGCUCAUUUCUGGCCUGGCUCUGCUUGUGUUCCUGCUGCCAGCUGAUUCUGGAGAGAAGAUAUCACUGGGUAUCACUGUCCUCUUGUCAUUGACGGUCUUCAUGCUGCUGGUGGCUGAGAUCAUGCCGGCCACCUCUGACUCAGUUCCUCUCAUAGCUCAGUACUUCGCCAGCACCAUGAUGAUUGUAGGCUUGUCGGUUGUUGUCACUGUCCUCGUUCUGCAGUUUCAUCAUCAUGAUCCACAAGGGGGAAAGAUGCCAAGAUGGGUGCGCGUGAUCCUGCUCAACUGGUGUGCCUGGUUCUUGCGCAUGAAGAAGCCGGGCGAGGAACGCAAAGCCAACUCCAAAUAUGACCAUUCUCCUACACACCAUGCCAGUGCCAGCAGCAUUCAGAUGGGGGUAAUGCCCGGUCAGCCGUCCUCUACCAACUCAACCACCAACGGUCACAUGAACCUGUACUUUGGCUACCACUCCAUUGACAGUGCUUGCUGCCCACCCAGCAGUGACUCUGGCGUGUCUUGCAGCGGUGGUCGAGUCGGCGGGUCGCCAAAUGAAGAACAGCGGGAGGCAGUGAGGAUGUUUGCAGGAGAACAGGAGAUCCAUCGUAUCCUGGCGGAAGUGAUGUACAUUGCUCAGCGAUUCCGUGACCAGGAUGAGGCUGAGGCAAUCUGCAGUGAGUGGAAAUUUGCUGCAGCAGUCGUGGAUCGUCUCUGUCUGGUGGCGUUUUCACUUUUCUCUAUCAUCUGCACCUUUACCAUUCUCAUGUCCGCGCCAAACUUUAUUGAGGCAGUCUCAAAAGACUUCACAUAAUUGCAAUAGCAUUGCAUUUUUUUUUUUUUUGGUUUUUAAAGAUAUACAUAUAUAUUAAAAAACACGUGAUUGGGUGUGAGAAGUGUCUACCACUAAAGUCGAGUCCUUUCUCUUCUCAUCGUUCUGAGAUCAACGUGAACUGUUGUUAACAUAAUUAAGAUUAAAAAAAAAAACUAAAAAAAAAAAAAAACUUGACAAAGUUGUGUAUUUUUGAACUUUUUGAACAAACAUACAGACCCUUGGACAAGCUGUUUGGGUGAUAUUGUAUGUCUUUAUAUACUGUAUUUGGACUGAGCACUUGAAGUUUGGUUUAAGUAAAGACGUGUUCUAAGUGUGCUAACACUUUUAGUCGCAACAGCUACGUCUGUGAAGUUUAUGUGCUGAAAUACAAACAUAAUCAAUCCCAUAAUCCCUUUGGAAAUCACAGUUUCAAUCCAAUAAUCCCUUUGGAAAUAUCACAGUUUCUUUUCAUUUCUAGGCUUUACUAAUUUUUUUUGGAACCAUUUAAUAAUAUGUUAGAAUUAAAAGUUGUCAUUGAACUGUAAUACAAUUCCGUAAAUUUAUAGCAAAUGUUUUCUCUACCAAAGCAACAAUAACCUACGUUAACUGUAGAAUUAAUAAGCUCUGUAACUGUCAUCAUUUUGACAUUUUCAUAUAAAUAUUACAGUUAUUAGUGUGUCCAAAUCUCUCACUUGUGUCCAGUUUGUCCAAGUAAUCAGAGUGUCAUUAUUUUGUGACUUCAUUCUGACCCUGUGCUCUGUUGUAUUAUGUAAAAAUACUAUGUAAACACUGUGGAUAUAAGUAAUUUUGUUAGAAAAUAUAGAUAAAAAAAUAAAUAAAACAAUUU